AGCAGGACGUUGGUGUCAUGUGUUGAUUGUCAUUGCGUGAAGCUGCCGGCCUCGGGCCUCCUUGGGGCAGUGGCUGGUAUCGGUCUCAGUCCUAGAGCGCGGUGAGCCACAGUCUCAUCCGUGUUUGUAGAAUUGGCGCCCUCGGUAUUUGGGGAAAUGGCGAUGACAUUGUUGGAAGACUGGUGCAGGGGGAUGGAUGUGAACUCCCAGAGAGCGCUGCUGGUCUCGGGGAUCCCGGUAAACUGUGAUGAGGCUGAGAUCGAAGAGACCCUCCAGGCUGCGAUGCCCCAGGUGCCCUAUCGAGUGCUCGGGAGAAUGUUCUGGAGGGAAGAGAAUGCUAAAGCAGCCUUGUUGGAGCUCACUGGCGCUGUCGACUACGCUGCGAUCCCCAGGGAGAUGCCGGGCAAAGGAGGGGUCUGGAAAGUGAUCUUUAAGCCCCCGAUUUCGGAUGCUGAAUUUCUAGAAAGGCUACACCUCUUCCUAGCUAGAGAGGGGUGGACCGUGCAAGAUGUCGCCCGUGUCCUCGGGUUUCAGAACCCUGCUCCGGCCCCAGGCCCAGAAAUGCCAGCAGAGAUGCUAAACUAUAUUUUGGAUAAUAUUAUUCAGCCUCUUGUUGAGUCCAUAUGGUACAAGAAGCUGACGCUGUUCUCGGGGAGGGACAUCCCGGGGCCUGGGGAGGAGACCUUUGAUGCCUGGCUGGAGCACACUAACGAGGUCAUAGAGGAGUGGCAGGUGUCUGAUGUAGAGAAGAGGCGGCGAUUGCUGGAGAGUCUUAGAGGCCCCGCCGCUGAUGUCAUUCGCAUCCUCAAGAACAACAACCCAGCCAUAACCACCGCCGAAUGCCUGAAGGCGCUUGAGCAGGUGUUUGGGAGCGUCGAGAGCUCUAGGGAUGCGCAGGUCAGAUUUCUAAACACUUAUCAGAACCCGGGAGAAAAGUUGUCUGCUUAUGUCAUUCGUCUGGAGCCUCUGCUGCAGAAGGUGGUGGAGAAGGGGGCCAUUGAUAAAGAUAACGUGAACCAGGCCCGCCUGGAGCAGGUCAUUGCCGGGGCCAACCACAGCGGGGCUAUUCGAAGGCAGCUGUGGUUGGCCGGGGCUGGGGAAGGGCCAGCCCCUAACCUCUUCCAGUUGCUGGUGCAGAUCCGCGAGGAGGAGGCCAAAGAGGAAGAGGAGGACGCUGAGGCCGCCCUCCUGCAGUUAGGCCUGGAAGGGCACUUCUGAGUCCCAGGAAAGGGGGCUCUAGUGCAGACCUACAUCACAUCUGCUUUCGUGGUUCCUGUGCGGUCUUACAGGUGUCUCUGAGUAGUAAAGACUUAGCCGCGUUCUGUUUCUGUUUUUGGUUUUUGGCGGGCGGGGGAGUCAGGCCUGUAUAUUUGUGUAACAUUUGUAAAGUUUUGCAAGUGAGCACCAUGAGCAGCUACAACAAUACAAAUGGGUCAUGCUGGCUAAAAUGCCAGGGAAAGGCUUGGACACAAGUGUGCAGUGCAAGCUAUCAUCGUGGCAUCAUCAGUUGUGAAAAUGUGAACCUGUGAAGUUUCCCAUCGAGAUAAUUAAAUGAAAUUGCAUGUUCGGACAUGUAGCGCAGGGCCUGGCUCACAGGAAGUGUUCAGUAAAAAUGUGAACUGUUCUUACUAAUAUCAUGGAUAGUUUGUGUUUACUGUAAAUUGUUCCUGAUUUAUAUUAAUGGAAAGAAAUUUGAAUUUAUUAGAUAUUAGCUACUCAACUUUACAAUGCAAAUUUAUUUCUCAUCUUUAAACAUCAGGGUUAGUUUAAUUGAAAAGCUGAGAUUACAAAAUGGGGUGUUAGAAAAAUACUGCAAUGAUGGAACUGUGUAAAUCUAUUUUUCACUGUAUAAGAUACAGAUAUAAAUCACAUGUAGAGGUUGAUAUAAGCCACUUACAUUAAUCUGUUCACCUAUUUCAAAUCUUUGUUGUGUAAUACUUGUUUAUGCUGAUUCUAAGGAUUCUAAAUUUGAAGUUAUCAAAUAGAUGUAUAUGAAUAAAAAUAUUUUUAAAAUUCUA